AUGGAGCUCACCAUGGACAACUUGCACAGCGUCCCGUCGCAUUCCCAGGCGGGGGACCUCAUGAGCUCCCCACACGUUCGGCCGUCGCCGUCCCCCAGCGCGACACCCCGGAAUCUGGUCUCGCACGUCCCCGGCGCGCGGUCAGCCAUGGUCUCCGGCAUGGCCUCCCUCCUUGAGGGGUCCGGCGGGGAUUACAGGACAGACCCGUCCGCCCUGUCGGGACACCUCCACCCCUCCAUCAGCAUGUGUGACACCGGGAUGAGCCUUAGUAACACAUACACCACCCUGACCCCCUUGCAGCAUCUACCUCCGAUUUCCACCGUGGCGGAGAAGUUUCACCACCCGCACUCGCACCACCACGCUGCCGCCCACCAGCGACUCUCCGCCGGCAACGUCAGCGGAAGCUUCACGCUGAUGCGGGACGACCACCGAGGACUCACGUCUAUGGGCAAUUUGUACAGUCACUACCCCAAAGAGAUGUCGGUGUACCCCAAAGAGAUGUCGGUGUCCGGCAUGGGUCACGGCUCGCUGUCCCCGCUGUCCGGCGGGCUGUCUCUGCACAACUCCCAGCAGUCUCUAUCAGCAUACGGCCCCGGUGCGCACCUCUCCACCGACUCCAAAAUGAUCUCUCCGGUGUCAGGGUUCGAGUCCCACGCGUCCAUGUUGACCCGAAGCGACCAGGAGCACCUGGCCAGGAGUUUAGGGGGCCACGGCCACGGCCUGAUCUCCAACCUCAACGGCAUGCACCAUCACCCGCACAGCCACCUCCACUCCCAGGCGAACGGAGCGGUGAUGCUGGCUGACCGGGAGAGGCACGGCCACGGAGGCGGACAGGGGGUGUCGGGGUCAAACAUCCAGGCGGAGGAGAUCAACACGAAGGAGGUGGCUCAGAGGAUAACGGCCGAGUUAAAGCGCUACUCCAUUCCGCAGGCCAUAUUCGCGCAGCGGAUUUUGAGCCGCUCGCAGGGCACCCUGUCCGACCUGCUGCGGAACCCCAAACCCUGGAGUAAGCUCAAGUCAGGCCGGGAGACGUUCAGGAGGAUGUGGAAGUGGCUGCAGGAGCCCGAGUUUCAGCGGAUGUCAGCUCUCCGACUGGCCGCCUGUAAGCGGAAGGAGGAGGACCGGGGACGGGAGCGCAGUCAGGUGCCAAAGAAGCAGCGGCUGGUCUUCACCGACCUGCAGCGUCGCACCCUGGUCGCCAUCUUCAGAGAGAACCGCCGCCCCUCCAAGGAGAUGCAGCUCACCAUCUCUCAGCAGCUGGGCCUGGAGCUCUCCACCGUCUCCAACUUCUUCAUGAACUCCCGCCGCCGCUGCCCGGAGCGCUGGGACACGGAGGAGCACAGCCACGGGGCGCACGGGGGCCACGUCCACACCCCGCAGUCCCCCAUCCAACCCGGCGCAUCCUCCGCCAACACUUUCUCCAAGGCCUGA